AACCAAAAUUGUAUAUAGAAAAGGUGAAUAUGUGAAUCAUUCACCAAGUCUGCGAGCUGUUAUUCAGGAGGCACCACAAAGGGUUCGACGCCGACGCCCACGAAGCCACCGCCUCUUCUGCCGCCAAUAGAAUUAAUCUAAUCUCGACGUCGCGGCGAACAGCGCUGUCGCAGCUAAAUUUUCAACUACCGGCUGGUCGUCGUCGUCUCAAUCAGUAAACACUCGCCCGAAGACGCCGCUUGACGUUCCAAUCCCAGAAAUCCGAUCCCCCGACGAACAAACAUAAUGGUGGCCCCCUCGAAACUCAGCCAGGUGCUCAGCUACCAGAACUUCGUGCAUGCCGUCUCCGGUGCCGCGGGCGGUUGCAUUGCGAUGAGCACUUUCUAUCCCCUGGACACGGUGCGUUCCCGCCUGCAACUGGAGGAGGCCGGCGAAGUGCGGAGCACCAGGCAGGUGAUCAAGGAGAUAGUGCUGGGCGAGGGAUUCCAGUCGUUGUACCGAGGACUCGGUCCCGUUCUCCAGAGCCUGUGCAUCUCGAACUUUGUCUACUUCUACACAUUCCACGCCCUCAAGGCGGUGGCCUCGGGUGGCUCUCCCGCGCAGCACAGCGCUCUCAAGGAUCUGUUUCUGGGCAGCGUGGCGGGCAUUAUCAAUGUGCUGACCACAACACCUUUUUGGGUCGUUAACACGCGGUUGCGCAUGCGCAAUGUGGCCGGCACUUCGGAUGAGGUGAACAAGCACUACAAGAACCUGCUGGAGGGUCUUAAGUAUGUCGCACAGAAGGAGGGCAUCGCCGGCCUGUGGUCGGGCACCAUUCCCUCCCUGAUGCUCGUCUCCAAUCCCGCCCUGCAGUUCAUGAUGUACGAGAUGCUCAAGCGCAACUUGAUGAGGUUCACCGGCGGCGAAAUGGGCAGCCUGAGUUUCUUCUUCAUUGGUGCCAUUGCCAAGGCCUUCGCCACGGUGCUCACCUAUCCACUGCAGUUGGUCCAGACCAAGCAGCGUCAUCGCAGCAAGGAGUCGGACUCCAAGCCCUCCACUUCAUCGGGAUCCCCUCCCCGCACGGAGAGCACAUUGGAGCUGAUGAUCAGCAUACUGCAGCACCAGGGCAUUCGUGGGUUAUUCCGGGGUUUGGAGGCCAAAAUCCUGCAGACUGUGCUCACAGCCGCGCUGAUGUUCAUGGCCUACGAGAAGAUAGCCGGCACUGUGGUCAUGCUGCUCAAGAGAAACUAAAAGAGGCUCUAGUCUACACGUAGUUUUACUCGACAAUUAAACGUAAUGUAAGCACACAAUCUGACUUAGGAUAUGGCCAGCACAACCCACACAAUACAGACUCUCCAAAGUUUAGUCGCUAAGCGUCAAUGGAUAAAGAAAAGAUAAAUUGUUAACAAAAGAAAAUAAUAACUGGUCGUUCUUUAUUCAUAUUUGUCUGCACA